UUCGCCGCAGAACGAGGCAAGCAGCGGAAUCGGAUUUUUCGCAAUUUCAGCAGCCCAAGAACCCGAUCGAGUGUUGCGCGUGUGGACAGUUUCAGUUUUUCUGUUUAAAAAGAUUUUUAAUACUUCACAUUGAGGUAUAUAAAACAAACGGAAAAUAAACACCAGUGAAAAAGAGAAGAAAAUACUUAACAAAUGGCACAAGAAGCAGAUAUUCCAACAUUCAAAUGCGUUCUGGUCGGAGAUGGUGGUACUGGCAAGACCACUUUUGUAAAACGUCACAUGACCGGCGAAUUUGAAAAGAAGUAUGUUGCUACACUCGGUGUCGAGGUGCAUCCACUUAUCUUCCACACUAACCGUGGCGCCAUCCGUUUCAAUGUCUGGGAUACCGCUGGUCAGGAGAAAUUUGGCGGCUUGCGUGAUGGUUACUACAUUCAGGGACAGUGUGCUAUAAUUAUGUUUGAUGUUACUUCUCGCGUCACAUAUAAAAAUGUACCAAACUGGCACAGAGAUUUAGUACGCGUCUGCGAAAAUAUCCCGAUCGUUUUAUGCGGUAAUAAGGUCGAUAUAAAAGAUCGCAAAGUCAAGGCUAAGAGUAUCGUUUUCCACAGGAAAAAGAACUUACAGUACUACGAUAUUUCCGCCAAGUCAAAUUAUAAUUUUGAAAAACCUUUCCUUUGGUUGGCACGAAAGUUAGUUGGCGACCCAAAUUUAGAAUUUGUCGCUAUGCCAGCGUUACUUCCGCCAGAAGUCAAAAUGGACAAGGAUUGGCAGCUGCAAAUCGAGAGAGAUUUGCAGGAAGCUCAAGAAACUGCAUUGCCAGAAGAGGAUGAAGAUUUGUAAUCUUAGACAUACGCUAAUUUUUAUCUAAAUACAGAGUUUACAACAAAUUAUAAUUGAGAAAACUUAAAAUUCUAAAAUUACUGCAAAAACUGGCGAGGAACUAAUAAAAAUAUUUAAACCUAAACGGCAGACAUUUUUAGAUUUCAUUGGAAAUGUACGUUUUCCAUGCUGUACUUUGUUCAUGUAAUGUGUAUUUAA